AUGAGGGUACCAUCAGUGGCGGCUUCCCUUGCAUUGGGGCUGUCUUUACUCCUCCUUGCCACUGCUCAAUCCACUUCUUCCUCCACAUCCAGCUCCGCUCUCACCCCUACUUCAGCCACAACCAACUUUGUGCUCCCAACCGGCAAUCCGCAGUCAACACCCGCCCCACAACCACCCCAAGCUGCAGGCAACGCCACCGUCUGUCCUGGACCCCUCAUCCCCAACUCUCGUGGCCUCGACAUCCCAACCUGCACAGAGCAAUGCUGCCUCAGGUGUCCCGCCUUUGAGAACUUUUAUCCACCCAACAGGAUCCAGCGGAUCGUCGAUGCGACCUUUUACACCCGACAGGUCUCGAUGGGCUUUGUUUUCUUUAUGACCAUCUCGUACUUGCUUCUCCCCGGGAAGCGCUCACAGCCGCACAUCUCGGUGUUGUUCUUGACCUUCUCGCUGACGCUGUGGUAUGUGGCGUUUGACAUCAUGCCAGGCACGUCGAAUGCAUGCAUCAACGAGGUUGAGCAGUCGACGGGGCAUAACUCGAGGCUCUGCGGUGUCCAGGGAGUGCUUAUCAUUUACUUUGCCCAUACCAAUGCCCUCUGGUGCUCUCUCCUUAUUUACAAGUUGCAUUUGGUAAUCCUCUCUGUCUGUUUCACAGCCGAUCGGAACAACGUGAUCGAUCGCUACUACGGCUGGCUAACGGCCUUCUGUUGGGUCUUCCCUUUGGCCUUUGCUAUCCCCGUUGCCGUUAAGAACCUCUCCAUGUUCCCCGGAGUCGGCUUCAGCUGUCUCGUCAGCAACGAAAACCUCAACACCUACCUCUUCUAUCCCCUUGCCGUCUACAUAUACCCCGGCUUGUUGUGCCAUGCAGUAACAGUGGCCAAGAUGAUUCACUUAACCAUGCUGACAUCCAAGAUCAACAUGGGUCUUUCAGAACUGUCAACAAAUGCACGAGCCAAGAUUAAGACGACAAUGCAGACAAGACGUCUCCUCCGCGGCCAGUGGCGACCUGCAUUGAUGCUGAGCACCGUCGUCACUUGUCUCACCGUCUUUUGGCUGUUCUAUUUCAUUGAUGCCAAGCGGCUGGCAAACGUGGACAAGUCGACGCCCUGGGUCCAGGACUGGAUGAAAUGUAUCACGAUCCACCAUAACCAACUUUACUCAUCUGAUGAUACGCAGAACCUGUGCUCCAAAUCGAUCAACUCCAACCUCCCUUCAGUUCCGUGGUUUGCCGCUGCAGAGUUCCUUUUGGCUAUCCUCGGCAUUGUUGUUGCACUCGUUUUCAUCUCCAAGCCCGAGUUUUGGUCCGAGUGGGCGCUGAUGCUCAAGAACAUUUUUAGCCGUGGCAAGCUUGGAAGCGGACCCCAAGGGCGAAAGAUGCCAGGAAAUCUCUCUUCUAUCUCACCAACCAAGGACCCUCGCCAGCGCCAAAACUCAUUCCCUGAACCAGAGAUCAGGAAAGGAACGCGCAUGGGAUACAACGAUACCGUCCUCGACCCACUCCAACUUGCAGAAACCAAAUUGCUGCCGGAAUCAGGAUCCAGACGUGAGCAAUGGGUCGAUAUGGAUGCGCUGUUCGAUAAAGAGUACGACAUUGAACAAGGAGAGCGUCAGCGGGCUUUCAGCCCACAGGGUGACCUGCCACGGACUAUGAGCCCGGUGGCCGAUCUCAGAAGGACAUUCAGUCUGGAGUCUAGUAUGCGUCCGACAUCCUCUCAGAAUACCGGUCCUGGUCUGCUUCCCAUUGCUGACCUCCCACGAUACCCAAUCAAUGCUGCCGAUGAUAUUCAAUCUGGCGACAUUCUCUACAAACCUCCUGUCCAGGACUAUUACGCCCCCGAGUCCCACACCAUCGCCAGUCCUGCACAGGCAUACCUUAUUGCCAACGACAACAGUGAUCGAUAUGUGGGUCAGCCAGUCGUCCCUCGUCCAGUCCUCCGUGCAAGUAGCAGGGGCAAGAGACAGCAGGACCGCACUGGCACUCCAGUCAGCCCUCCCCAAUCGCCCAGAUUUGUUCCAGUCACCUCACUGUCACCCAUGCCUCCACGACAGUCGCCUUUCGCCUUUGCGGCGAACGUACGAGGAACCAUUCAGGGAGACUCUGUGCCAAUUAGGGAUGGCGCUAGGAGCUCCCCAGCAGUCUCGAGUACUCGAUCUUCUGCACAAGGGUCAUCACUCGAGGAUACUUUUGACACACUUGGCCAAAGGGCUACAUACCAAUCCAUCAAGCCAUCAAUACCCCAAAAGAGUCCCGCCAGGCAGUACCCCUCCAACCUUCCAGAUGAAUCAGAUGAAUAA